GGUCAAGUUCAUCACAAACAAUUGGAAUCCAAUAAAUUAAAUUGACUGAUAUAUGUUUUUACUCUAUCACCACCCACAAAUUAUCUUUAAAAUCCACCAGUCAUAUUCGUGCUGAACGCGAGUGAUAUCUUGCGUAACAGACGAUUAAAUUUAAAUUAAAUUCGUCAUUGUACUCUAUCCCGUAUCAUCAUUUACUCCCAAUCGAGGAGACCUGCUAUUUUUCUGUUCGUGUAGAAGAGAAGCCGAAGCCGCAUUUUAUAAUUACGCAUCCGUCCAUUCCGAGAAAUCUUUUUAUAGAACGCGCUCUUGAUGUUGUUCUUGACACUCGGUAUUUAGCAUUCGAGCGAUAAACGUUCGCCGAAAAAUGAAUUUUGUUCUUCUAUUACUCGGUCUCGUGGGUGUCGCUCGAGGUUACCGAAUUCUCGUGGUGUUUCCUUUGCCGUCCAGAAGCCAUUACAUCCUCGGCAAUGGCGUAGGACGAGGUCUGGCUAAUGCCGGACACGAUGUGACUGUAAUAGCACCUUACGAAGACAAAAACGCGCCGAAAAAUUACAAAAACGUCGUUUUAACGGGAGUGGAAGAUGCAUUGUGGAAGGGAGAGGCGAAAGAAAAAUUUAAUCCCGUCGAAAAUGGCAAAGUCCAUCCUUGGUUUACCAUGCUAUUCGUUUUGAAUUUCAUGGGAAACCACAUGAUCGAGAAAGUGCUGGGUCAUCCGAACUUCCAGAAGGUGUUAAAAGAACAAUUCGACGUCGUCAUCGUCGAGCAGUUCAGAAACGACGCCAUGAAAGCCCUGGGUUGCCAUUUCAACGCGCCUUUGAUCAUGGUGAGCUCGGUGGGGGUUCAUACCUGGGUGGUCGCGGAUACAGGUAGCCCCAUUCCGCCUUCUUAUGUACCGGACAUGUCUCUCAGUUACACCAGCGAUAUGAAUUUGCUGGAAAGGGGGUUCAAUUUGCUGACCCAAUUGGUGUAUUACCUCAACAGCUAUCUCUUGUUUUACCCAGCGCAAAAGGCAGUCGCCCAGAAAUACUUCCCGAAAUGCGCGAAUAACGAGCUAAUUAUCAGCAACGUGUCUCUUUACUUCAUAAAUUCGCACGAAAGUACCAACGAACCGGUACCUGCGGCGCCCAAUAUGGUAAACAUCGGGGGUUACCACAUCAGCCCUCCUAAAGAACUACCGGCAGAUCUGAAGACUUUUUUGGAUAAUGCGAAAGAAGGAGUUGUUUAUUUCAGUAUGGGAUCCAACAUCAAAUUCAGCGAACUUGGUCCGGAGGUUACUCAAGCCAUUGUCAGGGCGUUUAAGAAAAUCAAACAAAAGGUUUUGUGGAAGUAUGACGGAGAUGAGCUUCCGGGGAAACCCGGCAACGUGAAAAUCGCAAAAUGGUUUCCACAAGCCGAUAUUUUAGCUCAUCCGAAUGUGAAAUUGUUCAUUACACAUGGAGGAUUAUUGAGUACUCUCGAAACAAUUUAUCACGGUGUUCCGGUAUUGACUCUGCCAGUUUUCGGCGAUCAAAGAUUGAAUGCAGCAAGAACGGAAAUUUUUGGCUAUGGAUUGGCUAUAGACUUUUUCGAAUUGAACGAAGAGAAUUUCAGCGAUGCCAUCGAAAAAAUGCUAAGCGAUCCAAAAUAUUUCAAUACAGCAAAGAAGAGAUCUGUUCUUUUCCACGACAGACCAAUGAAGCCCGUCGAUUCUUUAGUUUAUUGGACGGAAUACAUAGCGAGACACAGAGGGGCUCCUCAUUUGAAAGUCGCUGGAUUCAAUUUACCGUGGUACAAAUAUUUCUUGGUGGAUGUUAUUGUUGUAUUUGUGUUAUUGCCAGUAUUACUCCUCUACUUAUUAGUUAAAAAGUUGUGUUCAAAAGCAAGCAAACGGGGACAGAAGAAGAAUAAGAGCGAUUGAUUUUUGGACUAUUACAAAUUAGAGUAUUAAAUUAAUUUUUUAUUAA